AUGGCCCAAUCGCUAGUCUUACGGCACGCCAUCUCAGCCGUCCUCGCGUCCUCGCCCUCCACUUCGCAAAGACAACGCCCCGCCGCUAACCGUGCUCGUACGGGUCUGAGCGCGUCGAUAGGCGACUUCAGCGCGGCGCCCAUCCCCGAGUCGCAGGUGGUGCCACGGCUGUGCCACUUGGAGGACUUUCACGAGUCGUCGACGGGCGAGGCCGCCGUGCGGCCCGUGGCGCUGGCGGUGCGCGUGAUGGAGGACGGGCACGGCAAGCAGCUGGCGGACCUGCUCAUGGCCACCGUCGAAGCGUCCGCGCAGGUCGAGGACCUCGAGACCGUCGCCGGCCGGGCCGCCAUGCGCACUGCUUCCUCCGCGGUCGCCUCCCCUCCCCCCUUCCCCUCCCCGCCACAGGUGGCGCUGGCGCUCGCGCUGCUGGUAGAGUUUGCGACGGGCAACGGCAUCUUCAGCGCCGUCGACCGCAGCGCGCUGCUCCCCGCGCUCUCGCUGGGCGUCGGCGCAGCCGCGGUGUCGGCGGGGUACGCCGUGGCGUGGCGGUCGAAGCGACACGUGUCGGACAUCCUGGCGCGCGGGUGCUUGCACUGGCUGGACUCCGCCGUCGACCACCUCAUCGACGGCGUCUUCGACGCGCGCCCCACCGCGCACCAAGCGCCGCCGCGACGGGACUAG